GCGGCGUCCUCUAUAAUUUAGAGUGUCAUUUAGAGGACCUUGCUGGGCGCCUAGAGGAGGCUUCUGAACUCUAAAUUUAGAGUACAGAACGCUUUAUAGUGCGUUGUUGGAGCUAGCCUCGAAGCAAUUCCCGGUCGCGGGUCUAGUACUGUAGUUCUCUACUCUCCGCAACUUGGGAGUUCAAACCCCCCCGCGCGCGCUCGGAGGUCUACAAGCUUCUGGAUCCGUCCCUGGCGCCGAUGGAGCGGUUCGACUCCAAGUUCCACGAGAAGUACACUGUUCUCAAGCCAUGAAAGAUUGGGUCAGCGAACUCAAGAAAGACAAUGCGGAGCUCAACGAUAAGCUAAUGGAAAAGCAGGAUGAGCUCGAGAAGGCCCGUCAGGAAUUCCUUGAAGAUAUUCUUACAAGGGACACUGAAAUUCUGAGGCUGAAGCAACUCUUAGAUGAGAAAGCUGAAAAAAACAAUUCUACAGCUUCUGGGUUUCAUUGCUUAACACCUGAAGCUAUCCUAGAAAAUUCAACUUCAAUGUCACCUAAAAGAAAAACACCACUUUCCCACGGCAAGGAGAAGAGGGUACAGUUGAGUGAAAAUGCUCCUCACAGUAGCCCCGCAAAGGAAUCUCAAGAGCUAGUUUGUUCUAGAAGACGUACAUGCAUCAGAGGGAAUGGGACAAAUGAAAUUCGGAGUGCGCAUAUGCUUCGUUUGCUUCUUCAAUCUUUAGUUCGCAUGAAGGUCUCAGUAAAUGAUGAAUCAGAGAUAUUUUCGGUUUCAGUCUCUCAUGAAGCUAGUGGUUACAGCUUCACCCUCACUUGGUUAGAAAAAUCUGAUGAAUGGUCAUAUAAGCUCUCGUCGUUGGGCACCCUGGGAAGGAUAGCCGCUGAUUGGAUGAGGCAAGACAUAAGAUUCAGCACGAAAAUGUGCCGUAUGUUCGUUGAGCGGAUAUCAAGCAUCAUAACAAAAGGAUGACGGCAUGCUAUUCGCUUCAGCUAGCUGUAUCAGUGUGCUAAGGCUAUAUGGCCAGCAGACUGUGCAAAACACUGUUGCAACAGAGUGGAGUUUGGAAUAGAGGAUGGGUUUGUAAAUGGGACAUCCGUAAAAAUUAUCUGAUGCAAUCUCAUUGCGUAACCCCGAUUAUGGCGUAUGUUCUCGAGCGUUCGUGGGCUAGGAUGAUCGCUGAGGCGUUUGGCUGUUUUCAAAAUGUUUUUCAAAAUACUUUUGUCUAUAUGAUUUAGUUGUUUUGGAUUUGUCCUAAAUCAAAUUAUUUAAAUUA